AUGAGCAGCUGGCUCGGAAAGCUAGGGUUAGGGUUAGGCCGCGGCGGCGGGGCGGAGUCUCAUCGGACGCCCGCCGAGCGCGAUCGCGCAGGCCCCGACGAAGAUGUCCCGGGCCGGGGCACGGAGUUCGCUGCAGUCGGCGCCGGAUGCUUACUGGGGGGUCUGAAUUGGGUUUCCAGAGAGUCCCCCGGGGUUUCGAGGACUGAGGCUGGGUAUACUCAGGGAUUGAUUCAUCAGCCGACGUACGAGGAUAUUUGUAGCGGGGCGACGAUGCACUCGGAGGUGGUUAGGGUUCAGUAUGAUCCGAGGGAGUGCAGGUUUGGGGAUUUGCUUGAUGUUUUUUGGGCGCGGCAUGAUCCUACGACGCUUAAUCGGCAGGGCGGGGAUGUGGGAACUCAGUAUCGGUCUGGAAUUUACUUCUAUACGGCAGAGCAGGAGAAAGAAGCCAUAGAGUCUCUGGAAAAGCACCAGAAAGCUUUGAACAGAAAGAUUGUUACAGAGAUCCUACCUGCAAAGAAAUUCUACAGGGCAGAGGAAUACCAUCAGCAGUACCUCGCCAAAGGAGGCCGCUUUGGUUUCAAGCAGUCUACUGAGAAACGCUGUAAUGAUCCUAUCCGCUGCUAUGGCUGAAACGUGCAGAAGCUCGUUACAUAGUAACUUAAUAAAGUACAAAGACCUUCGGCAGACUUAAUAGUAUAUGGUAUCUUCUGUCAUGCAGUUGUUCAAUUCAUGAUGUGAAGGUGUGCGUUCAGAACUUACAUUGCUUGUAAAUCAGUCAUAGCAAACAACUAUUUGGUGUGUUAUUGUUCUGUUUAUGCUUGUGAUCUUUUCAUAGCAUGUGAAUAUGCUGGUUUGAAUUGGACUUACCUUGUUUGA